AUGUCGAGCACACCGUCGCUCAACUCCAGCGCCGGCUCGUCCACCUCGGGCUCGAAGCGGCCCAAGCCUCAGCAGCGGCGUCGCGCGCCCUCCCCACCAUCUAUGUAUGUGGCGUACGACAGCACGCGUGCAAAGGCCCCGCGCCCUCUUCCUGAGGUCAAGCGCAAACCAAAGAAGGAGGCAAAAAGCGCACGCGACCAGAAUACUUCCGAUUCGUCCCUCCCUCGAAGCCAAACCUCGGACUCUUCGAGCAAGAGUGGGACGACGAAGUCCAAGUCGCUCUUCGGCUUGGGCGGCCUGAGGCGCAAGACCUCUACUUCUCUGUCCCAACAGGCCCCACAGUCCCCACCGCCUCCCCGGCAAAGGGGCACUAUUCCAUUCGACAACUACUCGCGAAACGUGCGCCAGCAGCCGUCGCUAUCUUCUCUCCCCGACUCUUCUUACGACUCGCAAUGGACGUCGCGCGAGGCGUCCCAGUCGUCCCUGCCGUCGAUGUACACGCACUCGUCUCAGCCGUCCGUGGAGAGUUACGACGCUUGGCCACCAUCGAACGUGCAAUCAAGGCCUUCUACCGCCCAUUCAUCCUCCUCGUCCUUCUCGUCGAUGCUGCCAACACCGCCGGAGGAGGAGAUGCGCCGUCGCCAGCUCAUUAAGGCCAGCCAGCUGCUAGGUACAUCCGAACGGCCGGACGAAUUAGCCUCCCCCGCUAUCAAGGUGCGGCCAGCACCGCUGGUUAUCGCGUCCGCGGAGGAGUACCAGGCCAGCCGGCUGCAGCCCGCCACCGAGGAGCCGGAGAGCAUCACGCCCACGAACGCGAACUACGAAGAUGAUCCCUACGCGGCGCUCGAGCGCGCGAGCUACAGCAGCUCCAUGCGCCUCUCUCCCAUGAUCUUCAGCGCUCCCGCCCUCCCCAACGCACCUGCCGCCCCUUCGCCGCCCUCCCCCAUCGCCGUCGUCGCCGACCCCGAGUCCCCCUCUUCCGACUCGGACGGAGAUGCCAUCCGCGAGGUGCCCAUAGUACGCGAAACGCGCGAGGUGCGAGCACCCGUCCUGCGCGAGGUCUCUGUUAUCCCAGAGAGGAUGCAACUUCAGACGCGGGAGCUUCCCGCGGUCGCCGCAGGGGACGUGGCGGCCGCUAUCGCGACAUCGCCCGCGACGCCUACAUUCGCGCCGCGCGCGGCGAAGCGGCACUCCAAGUCGUUCUCCAUCGGGCACGUGCACACGCAGAGGCCGCGCACGCCCGCGGCGCUCGUCGCGCGCCCCGACACGCCGUUCGCGGACUACGUGCUGGACGACGGGUACGCGACGGACGGGGGGCUAGCGCGCGGCGACCAGAAGUACGACGACGAGAAGGGGCUGUUCCACUCGGCGGUCACCGCGGGCGAGAUGGAGUUCCUCGCGAUGGCGAGGCGGGACGCGGCGGUCAUCAAGCGCGACAAGCGGCAGAACUGGAGCGGCGAGUGGAAUCAGAAUGACAUGCAGGAGGUGAUCCACAAACUACGUUGCCUGCGAUGA